AUGAAGGUCUCCAUCCAGCUCGUCACCGUGGCUCUUGCGGCUUCUGCUGCCGCUCACCCCCAGAAUGGCAGAAAGCCCGCUCCCAGCAGCACCACAGCAGGCAGUGCUACUUCAAGCAGCGCUGUUCCCUCCAAGGGUUCCAUGUAUAACCUGCCCUUCAUGCCUACAUGGUUCUUCCGUGAUUCUUCCCAGAACAAGUGCAUCAGCACCUACAACGCCUGCUUGAUCUCCAAAUCGAGCGACCAGUCGCCCUGCGCCUCCGACUACGCAGCAUGUAUCAAAUCCGCUGCCUCUGCUUCCUCCUCUGGCGGCUCUGCAACCUCUUCCAAGCCACCCCCACCCCCUUCUGCAACUGGAAGCAAGACUGCUUCUGGCACCAUGAGCCGACCCCCACGACCUACAAGCCUCAAACAAUGGUGGGGACAGGAGCAGGGUCGUCGAAAGUGCCGAUAUGACCACUGGAUUUGCAUUAGGAACAAGUCCAACGACAAGGCAGACUGUGACGACAAGAGGGCCUCUUGCUUUGCGUCGGCCAAGACUGCCACCGCGACUACUGGUCCCACUAGUAUCCCAACCGGGUCAGCUACUACCACCGGCACAGGCUCAACCUCUGCCGCUGCUGCUGCUGCUACUACUUCUUCAACCACCGUUGCUGACGCCGUCGCUGCCACUGCCAGCACUGAUGCUUCUAUCUCUCCCGAUGACCCUUCUUUUGACGACGACAGCGACGACUCGACAUAA